CGCCGUGGGGAACACUGGGAGCGUGGAGAAACAAGACUGGGCGGCAGUAGAAAAGCAGUAUAGGAGGAACUGGGGUCACUGGAAGUACGGGGAAGGCUGGGCUGGGGGGUGCGGGCCGUGGGAGCGCUGGGGGCACCGGGAGCGCGGAGUACCCGCAGGCGGACCACAGCUCCCAGCGUGCCCCGCACGCCGCGCCCGGCGCCUUCCGCCCUGCCUCGGGCGCGCUCGCUGAUUGGUUGCUCUGUUGCGGCCUUUCCUCCGGCAGCGCCGAUUGGCGGCGGCGGCAGCGGCGCAGCCAAUGGGGAGGAAGGGGCGGGGCCAGCUCGGCCUGGUGGCGGGAAGUGCGGAGCCGGGGCUGAUUUGGCGCGAGAAGCCGCAGCCCCGCCAUGGCCAGCAGCAGCCCGCAGAGCCAGCCCACCAUCGGCUUCCCCCGCACACGGAGCGCCCGACGCCUCGCUGCCCCCUCGGCCAAGAGCGACCCCGGCGCCCCUGCUCUGCGCCCCUCGCCGCGUUCCAAAGCCUCGGGCUCCGCCGGCUCCGGCCAGGCCACCCCGGACACACGCUCAGGCCGGGCCACAGCGCAGCCUCUGAGCCCCAAAGUGCAGCCCCUGAGCCCCCGCAAACGCCUGGGUGAUGACAACCUGUGCAAUGUCCCCCAUUCCUUACCUUGCUCCCCGGCCAAACGCAGCAAGGAGAACCGGGGCCGUCGCCUGCUCUUUGGGGACCCCUCUGCCUCCCCCGAGCAGCCCAAGGGCUCGGGGCCAUCCCCACGGCACGGGGGGCCAGAGACCCCCCGGAGCUCGGGGCCAUCCCCACGGAGCGGGGGGCCAGAGACCCCUCGGAGCUCGGGGCCAUCCCCACGGAGCGGGGGGCCAGAGACCCCUCGGAGCUCGGGGCUCAGCGGGCAGCACCCACGCACCCGGCUCUUCAGGCAGGAAGGAACCUGUUACCAGCAGGCCAAGCAGGUGCUGCACGCGGCCGUGCCGGAGCGGCUGCAGGGCCGGGAGCGGGAGACGGGGAUGCUCAGGCAGUUCCUGCUGGAACACGUCCUGGGGCGCCGGCCCGGCAGCCUCUACGUGUCCGGAGCCCCUGGGACCGGGAAAACAGCCUGUCUGAGCCGUGUUCUGCUCGACUGCAAGGACAAGCUGGCCGGGAGCAGGACUGUGGUGCUGAACUGCAUGGCACUGGGCAGCCCCCACAGCGUCUUCCCUGCCCUGGCACAGCAGCUGGGGCUGCCCGUGGCCACUGGCCGGGAGCGUGUCCGGAGCCUGGAGAAGCAUCUGACGGCCCAGGGGCCCAUGGUCCUCCUGGUGCUGGAUGAGCUGGACCAGCUGGAGAGCAAGGGCCAGGACGUGCUCUACACCCUCUUUGAGUGGCCUCAGCUGCCCGGCUCCAGGCUCGUCCUCGUGGGCUUGGCCAAUGCCCUGGACCUGACAGACCGGAGCCUGGCCAGGCUGGGAGCCCACCUGGCUGGCAAGCCCAGGCUGCUGCACUUCCCCCCCUACACCAAGGAGCAGCUCACCCUCAUCCUGCAGGAGCGGCUGGGGCAGGUGGCAGGUGACCCCGUGCUGGACUCUGCUGCGCUCCAGUUCUGUGCCCGCAAGGUCUCUGCGGUCUCCGGUGAUGCUCGCAAGGCCCUGGAUGUCUGUAGGCGCGCCGUGGAGGUGGUGGAGCUGGAGGUGCGAGGCCAGACCCUGCUCAAGCCGCUGCCCAGGGGUGACUCCCCGGUGUCCCCUGUCCCCAAGCGCGUGGGGCUCCUGCACAUCUCCCGGGUGCUCUCCGAGGUGUUUGGGGACAGGCUGGCAGGGGGGUCCCGGGGGGCCCAGGACACCUUCCCUCUGCAGCAGAAGAUGCUGCUCUGCUCCCUGCUCCUGCUGGCCCGGCACUCCCACGCCCGUGAGGUGACCCUGGGGAAGCUCCACGACACCUACAGCCAGGUGUGCCGGCGGCACAAGCUCCCCGCCGUCGACCAGGCCGAGUGUCUGUCCCUUGUCACCCUCCUGGAGUCCCGGGGUGUCCUCGAGCUCAAGAAGGCCAAGGAAGCCCGGCUGGCCAAGGUUUCCCUGAUGCUGGAGGAGGCAGCGCUGGAGCACAGGCUGCAGGACACGGCGCUGGUGGGCAGCAUCCUCACCCAGGGGCUGCACUAACCCCCCCAGAAACCCCCUCCCCAUGGCCCCGAGGGGGUUUUGCUGCUGUAGCAAGAGCAGACAAGUGCUUCUCAAGGUUUUGGACAUUUGUCAAGUUCUGCCCUGGGGCUGUCUCAGUCUGGGGUCUUUUUAUUAAUAUUUUAAUGUAAUAAUAUUAUUAAUGUUAUUAAUUUCUGCGUGAUGAGAGCUUAGGUGGGAGGCUGGGACACCCCCCAGCCCCUCUGUGGCCCCCCCAGCCCUUUUGCAGGGAGUGGGGUGCUCCUGGUCCCCCUUGCCACCCUGGUGUGUAGUCCUGAGGUCUGGUGUUGCUUCUGCCACAAAUCCUGGACCAUAUUUGCUCCCUCCCAACUCUUUCACAGCCUUCUGGGGCUCUCUGGAACCUUCUUGACCACUCUGGCUGCAGGGAGAAUCUUCCCAUGCCAGCCCUGCUCUGGGUCCCUGUGCUGGCAGUGGCACAGGAGGGGCAGGGACCCCUGCAGGGGAGAGGACAGGGGGCAUCCUUUUAUCUCUUGCCGUGAAAUAAAGUCAUUUUGGUUCAGCUUUGCCUCCUGUUUCACCCCUGUUCCCCCAGUCCCUGCCUGCCCCACGGCUGUGGGGACCCAGCCCUGUCCUCCCCAGCCCCUCUCGUGUGCUGCAGCCCCAGCCUCAGCUCCUGGCCCCAGCUCCUCCGUUUCUGUUAAAUAAUGGACGCUUUGACCUAAUUUUGCAGCUUCCUCAUCAUGCGGGGGGGGGCGUUGGGGGCUCCAAAUGGGGGUGGGGGGAGUGGGAGGGGAUGAGGCUCUGCUUGCUCCCCACAUCCCUCCAUCCCACCCUACCUCUGCCAUCCCACCCUGUCCCCCAGGACCCCGCAGCAGCUCCUGGCCGGGAAUGGGGUGCUGCUGGUGGGGGAGGACGUGGUACUGGAGUCCCCGGUGUGCCUCAGUUUCCCUGUGGCCCCAGGGGGUGACCCCGCUAUGUCCCAGCUCCAGCUCCACCCCGGCUCUGCCCCUCUGCUCUGUGGCAUCCCCGCGGCUCGCAGGACACGGGGACAUUUCCACCGGGGACAUUUCCACCGGCUGCCGGGGACAAGGACACAGAGGGGAGCCCCGCUGGGGCCGCGGGGUGCAGGGCCAGGGGACACCUUGGGGACGCGUGGGUCGCUGCUGGCCGCGGGGAGCGGCGGGGAAAGCGAGGCAGGGGGGGCACGGGGGG